AUGUCUCAAGCCGUGCAGACGAACGGGACGCAACCUUUAAGCAAGACAUGGGAGCUCAGUUUGUACGAACUGCAGAGAACGCCUCAGGAGGCGAUCACCGAUGGCUUGGAAAUCGUGGUGUCACCCCGGAGCCUGCACAGCGAGCUGAUGUGUCCCAUCUGUUUGGAUAUGUUAAAAAACACCAUGACGACAAAAGAAUGUUUGCAUCGCUUCUGUGCUGACUGUAUCAUUACAGCCCUCAGGAGUGGCAACAAAGAAUGUCCCACGUGUCGUAAAAAGCUGGUUUCAAAAAGAUCACUGAGACCAGAUCCCAAUUUCGAUGCUCUCAUCAGUAAGAUUUAUCCAAGCCGAGAUGAAUAUGAAGCUCAUCAGGAGAGAGUGCUGGCAAGAAUCAGCAAGCACAAUAACCAGCAAGCUUUAAGUCACAGCAUUGAGGAAGGAUUAAAGAUUCAGGCUAUGAACAGGUUACAGAGGGGCAAGAAGCAACAGAUUGAGAAUGGCAGCGGAGCAGAAGAUAACGGUGACAGUUCCCACUGCAGCAAUGCCUCAACGCACAGCAAUCAGGAAGCGGGGCCUAGUAAUAAGAGGACCAAAACAUCGGAUGAUUCUGGGCUAGAACUGGACAAUAACAACACAACUGUGGCAAUAGACCCCGUAAUGGAUGGUGCUAGCGAAAUCGAAUUAGUCUUCAGGCCUCAUCCAACCCUCAUGGAGAAUGACGACAGCGCACAGACGAGAUACAUCAAGACCUCAGGCAAUGCCACCGUUGAUCAUUUGUCCAAGUACCUCGCUGUGAGAUUGGCUUUGGAGGAGCUUCGUAGCAAAGGAGAAUCCAACCAGAUGAAUCUUGACACGGCCAGUGAGAAGCAGUAUACCAUUUACAUCGCUACUGCCAACGGGCAGUUCACUGUAUUGAAUGGGUCAUUUUCCUUGGAACUGGUCAGUGAGAAGUACUGGAAAGUGAACAAACCCAUGGAACUGUACUACGCACCGACCAAGGAACAUAAAUAA